GAGCCAAGCCGCGCGAACUGAGCUGAGCCGAGCCAAGCCGAGCCAUGGACCCCCAGGACUGCACAUGUGCCGCUGGUGACUCCUGCUCCUGCGCCGGGUCCUGCAAGUGCAAGAACUGCCGCUGCCGGAGCUGCCGCAAGAGCUGCUGUUCCUGCUGCCCCGCCAGCUGCAGCAACUGCGCCAAGGGCUGCGUGUGCAAGGAGCCGGCCAGCAGCAAGUGCAGCUGCUGCCACUGAGCCGCGCGGCUCCGCUGUAAAUAGCCGGCACGCUUCGGGGGCGGGGGGCACGGAGAAAAAAUACUUCUUUUUUCUUUUUUUUUUCACGUUUUGUAUUUUCUGUACCAGUGGUGAAACUGGAUGGAAAUAAAGGAUUUGUUCUC